AUGAACGAAGAAGAAGAAGAAGAAGAAGAAGAAGAAGAAGAAGAAGAAGAGUUCAUCGAGGAUUUGGAAGACCUCGGAGGAGGAGGAGGAGGAAAAGGAAAAGGAGGAAAUGUCGUCGGCAAGAUAACGCGAGAGUUACCGAACCAACCCAAAAACGGGUUUGUUUUCGGUGGCCAUCAUCAUCGGAACAACACGAGUAACAACGAGGACAACGACAAAGAGAAUCAUCACUCUGUCCCGGGCACGCAAAGGAUACACGUGAAAACGUUCGGGUGCGCGCACAAUCACUCGGACUCUGAAUUCAUGUCCGGACAGUUGCAAGCGUACGGUUAUAAAUUAACCGACGAUCCGAGCGAGGCGAACUUAUGGGUGGUGAACACGUGCACGGUGAAAAACCCGAGCCAAGCGGCGAUGAAUACCGUUCUCGCGAGAGCGAAAACGAACGAGGUGCCCGUGGUGGUGUGCGGAUGCGUGCCUCAAGGCGACCAAAAGGCGAAAGAGUUAGCGGAGGUUUCGUUGUUAGGUGUCUCGCAAAUCGAUCGAAUCGUCGAAGCGGUGGAACGCACGCUAAGAGGAGAAAGAGUUUUAAUGUUGGAGAAGAAAAGCUUACCGAAGUUGGACUUGCCGAAAGUUCGAAGGAACGAACGCGUGGAGAUUAUUCCGCUGAGCACGGGAUGUUUAGGACAGUGCACGUAUUGUAAGACGAAACACGCGCGAGGCGAACUCGGGAGUUACGAGAUCGAGGCGAUCAUAGGAAGAGCGAAAUUGGCGAUCGAGGAAGGGGUGACGGAAAUCUGGUUAUCGAGCGAAGAUACCGGAGCGUACGGAUUAGAUAUAGGCUCGAACGUCGCGGAGUUGUUUAAAGCGUUGGUCGACGUGUUACCCGCGGAUCAAUCGGUGAUGUUAAGAUUAGGAAUGACGAAUCCGCCGUAUAUUUUAGCGCACUUACCGGCCAUCGCGGAAGCUAUGCGACAUCCGUCGGUAUUCAGUUGGAUUCAUAUUCCGGUACAAAGCGGAAGCUCGAAAGUUUUGGACGAUAUGAAGAGAGAAUACACGAGAGAAGAGUUUGAACAGGUGUGCGAUUAUUUAUUAGAACAUGUUCCGGAUAUUACCAUCGCGACGGAUAUUAUAUGCGGAUUUCCGGGCGAAACCGAAUCCGAGUGGCGAGAGACGAUGAGUUUGAUUGAAAAGUACAAGUUUCCAGAGGUACACAUCAGUCAGUUUUACGCGCGGCCAAACACGCCGGCGUUUCGAAUGAAACGAGUAAAUACGCUCACCGUAAAAAAUCGCUCGAGAGAAUUAACAAAACUCACCGAAUCGUAUUUCCCGUGGACAAAACUGGAAGGACAGAAAAUGAAGGUGUGGAUCACUGACAUCGCCGCCGACGGCGUCUCGUUGGUCGGACACACGAAGAGUUACUCGCAAAUUUUAUUACCGGGAGGAGAAGAAAACGUGGAAAAGUACAUGGGCACAAGCGCGCACGUCAAAGUUCUAUCGUCCAGUCGAUGGAGUUGUAAAGCGGAAAUCAUAGAAAACGAAAGCGAAGCCGCCGCGGGUAUUCAAUCCUCGACGAGUUUGCAUAAAAAAAUAGCCUUAGUCGAAAGCGCCGGCGAUACGUCGAAUUUGAACAAAAAAUACGGCAAGAAGACGCGUCCGAAAAAGAACAACAACAACAACAAGGGUGACAUAUUAGCAGAUGUCACCGAAGACUACGACGACGCGUACGCGUUGCGCGUACAAAGAAUAGACAAAGUUUCGAGGUACGCGGAAAUCGCGUUUGGAACGACCUUGUGCGUGGCGAGUCUCGGGAUUCUGUAUUCAAAGUUAGUCGCCCCGCGCGCAUAA